AAUGUCACAGACGGCAGAGGAUCCGCUGAGUGGAGAAAAGUGUCAGCAGAAUAAAUGGGAAACAGAAGAACAUAGAACCGUGAGGAAGAAGCCAGAGCUCCGUCUGUAUCCGAGCGAGCUGAGACUGUAUCCGGACGAGCUCCGUCUGUAUCCAAACGAGUUCCGUCUGUAUCCGAGCGAGCUGAGACUGUAUCCAAGUGAGCUCCGUCUGUAUCCGAGCGAGCUGAGACUGUAUCUAAGUGAGCUGAGUCUGUAUCCGAGCGAGAUCCGUCUGUUUCCGAGCAAGAUCCGUCUGUAUCCGAACGAGCUCCGUCUGUAUCCGAGCGAGCUGAGUCUGUAUCCGAGCGAGCUGAGUCUGUAUCCGAACGAGCUCCGUCUGUAUCCGAGCGAGCUGAGUCUGUAUCCGAGCGAGAUCCGUCUGUAUCCGAGCGAGAUCCGUCUGUAUCCGAGCGAGCUGAGUCUGUAUCCGAACGAGCUCCGUCUGUAUCCGAGCAAGCUUCGUCUGUAUCCGAGCAAGCUCCGUCUGUAUCCGAGACAGCUGGACGCCCUUCAUGUGACAGCGCCCCCCGUCCGCCGAUGUCAUCACCGGGGUCACCCACUCCCCGUCUCCUUCUUCUCAAGUCCUGACCUUAACUCUAUGGAGAUGCUGUGGCAUGACCUGAAGAAGACCAUGCGUGCCAGGCACCCUAAGAACAUUGCUGUAGGAAGGAGUGCUCCUCAGUGUUGUGUAAUUCUAAUUUGCUGCUGCGGGAAAUAUUUGGUGGAGGUGAUUUCUGCCAAAUGGAAAUCUACAGAUUAUGUAAUCUAA